CUAAGAUUGAUGAUAUUUCACCUAAUUUUGGAACUUACUAAACAUAAUGAUUAUAUUUUAUAUCAGCAGAUAACAUUUUUUCAUCGAUAUAUUUAUUAUCUAAAUAAUUAUCAUUAAUCCAUUUAACUAGAUUAUUGUUUGAUAGGUAACUACGAAGGUGAUCUUAAAAAUAGGUAGAAUGGGUUUCUUCCUGAUAUAAUUAUUACAAUAGGGUAAAUAUUUAUUUGGAAAUAAUUGAAAUAAAUAUUUAAAAUGACCACCAAACCAAGGCUGGUUGUGGGGGAAUAUAUUUGGGUGAAACUCCCCACGAACAAUGAGUUUGACGUUCUUAUCGGAGGGAAGAUUGUUGGAGUCGAUGCCACCAGAGUACGAAUUUUGGACGACGAUGGCAAAGAAUCUUACAUUUCUAACCAACAGGUGAUACAAGCUAUGCACAUAUCGUCGAUCAACGGCGUGGAGGACAUGAUCAAUUUGGGGGAUUUACAGGAGUAUGCCAUUUUGAGAAAUCUGCACAAGAGAUACAACGAAAAAUUGAUUUAUACGUAUACAGGAGCAAUGUUGGUAGCCAUAAACCCGUACGAAAUUUUACCAAUAUACACUCACGCAGUGAUAAAUAGCUACAGAAACAAAAAAAUGGAAGAAGUACCUGCGCAUAUAUUCGCCGUUGGUGAUAACAGCUACAAUAAUAUGAAAACUACGAAAACAGAUCAAUGUAUCGUAAUCAGUGGUGAAAGCGGUGCUGGAAAAACAGAAAGCACCAAAUUAAUUCUCCAAUACCUAGCUUCGACCAGCGCCCAACACACUUGGAUUGAACAACAAAUCCUUGAAGCGAAUCCGAUUCUAGAAGCUUUCGGCAACGCCAAAACCGUCAGAAAUGACAAUUCCUCACGUUUCGGCAAAUACAUCGAUAUCAAAUUCAACAAAUCCGGCAGCAUCGAAGGCGCUCAAAUCGAGCAAUACCUCCUAGAAAAAAGUAGAAUAAUAUCACAAGGCGAUGGAGAGAGAAACUAUCAUAUUUUCUACAGCAUGCUAGCCGGAAUGACCAAAGAACAUAAAAAGAGGUUAGAAUUGGGCAACGCUGAAGUAUACGAAUACUUAAAAAGUGGGAAAACCUUCACCUGUGAUGGGAGAAGCGAGGAAAAAGAAUGGUCCAACAUCUUAGCAGCCUUUAAAGUGUUAAAUUUCACAGAUAGAGAAGUGGAGGACAUUCUGAGGUUACUAGCAGCCAUCCUGCAUUUAGGUAACUUAAAAUUCAAAUCAGGAACCUCAGCACAUUCAGAAAGUUCUGAAUUAGCAGAUUCCAACCAAGGCGAAAGGAUUUCAAGGCUUCUAGGGGUAAACAAGUUCGAUUUAGGUGAAGCAUUAACAAAAAAAAUAAUUCUAGCGCAAGGAGAUCAGAUUACAUCGACGUUUUCUAAACAACAAGCUUCCGACUCAAGGCAUGCCUUCGUUAAAGGCCUCUAUGGGCAGCUGUUUAUAUUCAUUGUGGAAAAAAUCAAUGGAGUUAUUGCUACAAAUAAGAUGCAAAACAAAUCCAGCAUCGGUGUAUUAGAUAUUUUCGGUUUUGAGAAUUUUAAGGUCAACAGCUUCGAACAAAUUUGUAUUAACUAUGCUAAUGAAAAUCUGCAGCAAUUUUUUGUGCAACAUAUCUUCAAAUUGGAACAGGAAUAUUACAGGAAGGAAGGUAUACGUUGGGAUAAUAUUACUUUCGUUGAUAAUCAGACCAUUUUGGACUUAUUGGGUAUGAGACCAUUGAACAUAUUCGGGCUGAUAGAUGAGGAAUCCAAGUUUCCUAAAGGUACAGAUUUUUCGUUACUGGCAAAAUUGCACAAACAGCACGGGAAAAACGAGUUUUAUUCCAAACCAAAAAGCGAAAUGACUCCAGCUUUCGGAAUCAGACACUUCGCGGGAGAAGUUUUUUAUGACGUAGAAGGUUUUCUGGAUAAAAACAGAGACUCGUUUAGUCAAGAUUUACGAAAUUUGAUGCUCGGUUCGCAAUAUGACUUAUUCAGAAACUUGUUCAAAACCGAACAAGAUUCUAAAUUAAAAAAAUCGUUAUCUUCACAAUUCAGAUCAUCCUUAGAAAUACUCAUGAAGAAUUUGGGAACAUGCCAUCCGUUUUUCGUGAGAUGCAUUAAGCCCAAUCAUCACAAAAGACCACAAGAUUUCGACAAAGGUCUCUGCAUCCGUCAGCUGCGCUACUCCGGCAUGAUGGAGACAGCUAAAAUCCGCCAAGCCGGAUAUCCUAUCCGAUACAGCUACAUCGAAUUCGUGGACCGUUUUCGAUAUUUGGGCAAAAACAUCAAACCUUCAACCAAAGGAGACUGCAAAAAUUCCGCCGAGAAAAUUUUGAGCGAAGUGUUCAAGGACGAAACACAUUUCCAGUUGGGUAAUACGAAAAUCUUCUUGAAGCAGCACGAAAACGAACAUUUGGAGCUCAAACGGAGUGAAGUUUUGGAUAAUUCCGUGAAAGUUCUCCAACGUGCCAUCAGAGGAUGGGUGUACAGAAGAAGAUAUCAGAAACUGAAACAUGCCGCUCUAGUGAUUCAGAAACAUUUCAGAGCUAGAGGCUACAGGAAGAGGUACCUAGUCAUGCGAAAUGGUUACAAACGGUUGCAAGCGUGCAUAGUAUCGAGACAACUCACUCAUGCCUUGUUUAGAAUCAAGAAGAACAUUACAAUCAUUCAAGCUAGAUGCAAAGGACAUUUGACAAGAACAAAGGGACAAUUCGGUCAAAUUUACGCCGCAGUUAGGCAAAGAAGGGUAGACGAGAAGGAACUUCAAAAGCAGGGCGUCAAGAAUUACAAGGUCGAAGCUGAAGCUAGGAUGAAGGCGAAAUUGGCGCAAUUGAAUGUCGAAUACGAGGCCAAACUUAAGGAAAAGGAAGACGAAGAUAACAGAGCUAAUCGCAUUGUGGAUGACGCUUUUGAUGAUAUAUUUAAAGAUGAUACCAUUUCGAUUAGUAAUAAAGAGAAUGAGACUAGAGAAGCGAUUAUUCCUAAAGUCCACAUAAGCAUUGGUGCACAAAUGAACGACAAGCAAGAAGACCUUAGCGAGUACAGUUUCAGAAAAUACGCUGCCACCUAUUUUUCCAGUACUGCCAACUAUCAAUUCUCAAAGAAACCGCUAAAAGAAUCUUUGCAUUACUUACCCACGCCUGACGACACCAUCGCUGCGCAGGCAAUUUGGAUUACCAUACUCAGAUUUAUGGGGGAUUACCCGGAACCAAAAUACGAUGACAAUCAAAAGGCUAACGAGCCGAUCAUGAAUAUUGUUUCUGAGACGUUGAGCAGGAGUUUUACUAAUAGAAAGGAAUACCGGGAAAUUUUAGAAGAAGAAAAGAAGUACUCAUCAAUGAAAAAAUCCGACAGAAAGAAACUCAUAUCAAUGACGCUCAAAAGAAAGAACAAAUUACUUGAAGACGUAAGGAAGGGUCUGGUCGAAGACAGUUUCGCUGUUGCUCGAUACGAUGAAUGGUUGCAUCGCAGACGAACAAACAAUUUAGAAAAAUUGCAUUUCAUCAUCGCUCAUGGUAUUCUCCGUCCAGAAAUGCGAGACGAAAUUUUCGCGAUGAUCUGCAAACAGCUUACCAACAACUAUAUAAAAUCAUCAUACGCCCGUGGUUGGAUUCUUCUGUCACUAUGCAUUGGAUGCUUCCCCCCUUCGGACAGGUUCACCAAUUAUUUACGAUCUUUUAUCAGAUCAGGACCACCAGGAUACGCUCCGUAUUGCGAGGGAAGGCUUAAUAGAAUGUUCUACAAUGGUACAAGAACACAACCGCCCAGCUGGUUGGAAUUAAUGGCUACUAAAAACAAGGAACCCAUUCAUUUAGAAGUCAAACUGAUGGAUGGAACUAAUCACACUGUCGAGGCGGAUUCAGCUACUACAUCUGAAGAAAUCUUGACUCAAAUCGCCAAUACAUUAAACCUCAAAGAUACUUUUGGCUUUUCGAUUUUCGUAGCCUUAGACGAUAAAGUUAUGUCGCUAGGAAGUGAAAAGGACCAUAUUAUGGACGCUAUAUCACAGUGUGAACAGUACUCUAAAGAACAGGGUCAACAAGAAAGAAAUUCUCCUUGGCGCCUGUUUUUGCGUAAAGAAAUUUUCACACCGUGGCAUAACGCUGCUGAAGACUCUGUAGCGACCAAUUUGAUCUACCAUCAAAUUGUGCGGGGUGUAAAACAUGGGGAAUAUCGUUGUACUGAAGAAGGAGAUGUUGCCGUGCUGAUUGCCAUACAGUACUACGUCGAAAAUGGCACCCAAAUGAAUAAAAACGUUCUACAUACGAGAAUCGGAGAGUACAUGCCUACAUAUUUAGUAAAGAGGUCCCAAAAUGAUUUAUCCAACUGGGAACAUAAGAUCCAAACGGCUUUUAUAAACUUGACUUGUGUACAGAAAAAACUACCAACCAUUCAAGCCAAAGAGACUUUAGUCAAAUAUGCUCAGAUCACGUGGCCGAUAUUAUUUUCAAAAUUCUUCGAAGCAGUUCAAACGGAGGGACCAAAAUUACCUAAAAACAAAAUGAUAAUUGCUGUAAACAGUACAGGAAUGUUCCUAAUUGAUGACGAAGAACAAAUACACAUGGAACUGACGUUCGCUGAUCUGUCGUUUGUCACUUACGAGAACAAACAGCAAAUGAUGGUGUUUAAGUUCAAUACCGUGGCUCGGGAGGAGUACGGUUUCCACACCUUGGACGCGAAAUGUCUUUCUGGUUUGUUACAAUACAUAGUGGAUGGAUUGAAGAAAAGAUCGGUAUAUUGCGUGGCAACGCAGGAUUGCCAACAAGGCGCAGAAUCUUUCUUGGUACUUCGCAAAGGUGAUCUUAUCAUUCUCAAGAACGGUUUGAAUGGAGAGAAACUAAUGACAGCCACGUGGGGUUACGGCGAAUGUCGUGGUAAAAAUGGAGAUUUCCUAACAGAAAACGUUUAUAUUCUACCAACAUUAACACCACCGCCAUCUGACAUUUUGCAAUGCUUCAAGAAAGACGGAGUCGUUGUAGAAAAACAACAAGAAAAGGUAAUCACCACUGUUCAACGAAUGAAAUUGUACACUUUGUCGAAUUACGCCGAAGAUAACUUCAGAGCGGGAAAAACGGUUUCAGCUAACAAAACAUCACUUCUAACUGCAGCGAGAAGGACGUCUAGAGAAGAGUUAUGGAAAUACUCGAACGAACCGAUCUAUCAACCGUUGUUGAAGAGACUACUCAGCGACGAUAAUACCAGCAAAGAAGCCUGCAACAUCUUUUCGGCUAUUUUGAAAUAUAUGGGUGAUUUACCGGCACCUAAAGUGAAAUACAGCAGUGAGUACACCGAUCAGAUAUUCGAAUCGCCUCUCAAAAACGAUUUGCUAAAGGACGAAGUUUACUGUCAAAUUAUGAAGCAACUGACUUUCAAUAGGCUGUCAAUGAGCGAAGAGAAAGGUUGGGAGUUGAUGUAUUUGAUUACUGGAUUGUACACGCCUAGUGAUAAAUUAUGCGGGGAAUUACAGAAAUUCUUGAAGUCCAGGACACAUCCUUUCGUUGAACACUGCUUGAAGAGGCUACAGAAAGCUCAAAAAGUCGGACCAAGAAAAUUCCCACCCUACACAAUCGAAGUCGAGGCGAUACAGCACAAGAGCAUGGAAAUCUUCCACAAAAUCUACUUCCCUGAUGAUACAGAUGAAGCGUUUGAAGUAGAUUCUAUGACAAGAGCAUUGGAUCUUUGUAAAACUAUUGGUACCAGAUUGGAAUUAAAAUCGACAGACGGUUUCAGUUUAUUCGUCGCCAUAGCAGACAAAGUGUUCUCUAUACCGCAAGGGCAGUUCUUCUACGACUUUUUGAACGAACUUAUUCAAUGGAUUCGACAAACGAAGCCGAGCUGGGGAAGCACAACGCAGGUUCAAGCUCAGUACCAAAUCUUCUUCAUGAAGAAACUUUGGGUGGGUAUGGUACCCGAAAAAGACCACUACGCUGACCAGAUCUUCCAUUACCACCAAGAAUUGCCCAAGUAUCUGAAGGGUUAUCACAAAUGUAGUAAGCAAGAUGCGAUCAAGUUAGCAGCUUUGAUUUUAAGAGCUAGAUUCGGGGAUAAUGAUUCGGAAGCUAUAUCGACUCUUCAACAUAAUUUCAAAGAUAUUAUUCCCGCUGAUAUUAUCAAAGCGGCAAGUUCUUCGGAGUGGAAGAGGAGCAUCGUUUCGGAGUUUAAGAUGACGAAGAUUUCCGCGGAAAAAGCGAAGACAGAAUUCUUGAAAUUUACGUACAAAUGGCCAACUUUUGGAUCUGCUUUCUUCGAGGUUAAACAGACCACCGUGCCUACUUAUCCAGAUGUCAUUAUUAUCGCCAUCAAUAGAAAAGGAGUUAAUAUUAUCCACCCGCAGACAAAAGACAUCUUGGCAACUCACGAGUAUUCUGAGCUAAGUAACUGGUCUUCAGGUAACGCUUAUUUCCACAUGACUGUAGGAAAUAUCAUGAGGACGACUAAAAUAUUAUGCGAAACGUCGCAGGGUUACAAAAUGGACGAUCUAAUUACGUCUUAUACUGAUUAUUUUGAUGAACAUUUGGGAGAAAAAUAAAUAUUUAACUAAUAAUAGAUUGUAUUGUAAAAAUGUUACUUUUAUUUAUCUAAUACCAUUAUAACUUAAAGA